AUGAUGAGACAGGUCACAAACCAAUCGGAGACGGGUGCACCCCCGCAGGCUUGCCACACAACAGUCGCCGCCGCCAUCACCUUCACACUUCGCAUCCAACUUCCCCAAGAGACAAGAGACGUCGCGUCCAAACGUCCCGAGGCCAAGAAGGCUAAGAAGGCGAGGACAUCGAAAUUAGAGCUUUCGAUCCGCCUCCCGCUGUCCCGCUGUCUACCCACGCAUUCGGAAAACACUGCGCAGGUCCAGCGUGUGGCACAGGGAGACCCAAAGACUACCUAG